CUCUACUAGGUAUAUAGGAUUUUAGUUUACAAUGUGAAAAAUAAUUGAAAUGAAGCGCUUGCUUAGUGUCAAAUCUCGCUGAAAGAGCUGUCAAGUAUCAAUAUGGUUGUGUGUUUCGCGCUAGUUAUCUUGUUAAUAAUCUGUGUUUUGGCAUUUGCCAAUCAAAAGCCUAAAAAUUAUCCUCCUGGUCCUUCAUGGCUACCUUUUCUGGGCUGUUUUUUGCAAAUACGGAACAUACACGCGAAAAAACCUUAUUAUCACCUUGUAUGGGCCCAAAUGCAGCAAAUGUACGGUCCAGUAGUAGGCUUAAAACUGGGAAUGAAUAAAGUUAUCGUUGUUUCUGGUUACGAAGCAGUUCAACAGGCGAUGUUUAAGACUGAUUUUCAAGGGAGACCAGACGGGUUCUGCUUUCGUUUACGUACCAUGGGCCAAAGACUGGGCUUAGUUUUUGUGGACGGUUCGUUUAUGAAAGAACAAAGGCGGUUUUGUUUAUCUCAACUUCGACUUUUCGGAUGGGAUAAAACACAGAUGAACGAUAUCGUAGUCAAGGAAGGUGCAGAGCUGGUUAAUUUAAUUAAAAAUGAAUGCCAACGAGGCCCAAUCCAAGCUGAACAUCUCUUCGACGUGAGUACUCUGAACACGAUAUGGACCAUGAUCGCAAGUACUCGGUUUUCGUUGGACGAUGAAAAGUUGAUAAAACUGGUGUAUUUAGUUCACGAAGUGUUUCGAAUACUCGAUAUGUCCGGCGGACCUCUCAAUCAAAUGCCAUUUAUUCGCUACGUGGCUCCGAAAAAAUCAGGAUAUGCUUCUAUGGUAGCUAUUACCGCCGAACUGGUGGAUUUCCUGAAGGAGGUUGUUAGAGAACACCAAGAAUCACAAGCCGACAGUUUUAUCAAUACUUUCCUCCAAGAGGUAAACAACAACAAAAGUAACAAAGAUAGUACGUUUACAGAAAAUCAGCUAUUGGCAAUACUAAUGGAUUUUUUCAUGGCUGGAACGGAGACUACUAGCAAUACAUUAUCAUUUAUGAUUCAUUACCUCGUAAAAUAUCCCCAAGUUCAAGAAAAAAUCCACGCAGAAAUAGACAGAGCUUUGAACCCUCAACAGAUUCCUACAAUGGAGGAUAAAGAUAAAUUGGUAUAUUUAGAAGCGACUAUUAUGGAAGUACAAAGGCACGGAAGCCCAGUUCCGAUCACUGUACCUCAUAAAACUAUUCAGGAUACUAAGUUGAUGAAUUAUUCAAUACCCAAAGAUACAAUCGUAUUACCAAACAUAUGGAGUGUUCACAUGGAUGAAGAUUAUUGGAAAGAUCCUCACGUCUUCAGACCUGAACGUUUCAUCGACUCCAAAGGUAAAAUAAUCCAGCACACCCACUUCAUGCCGUAUGGAUUAGGGAAACGAAGAUGUAUCGGGGAGAUUUUAGCGAAAACUACGUUAUUCAUAUUUAUAUCAGCGAUACUUCAGAGUUUCAAAGUUGAAUCGAAUUCAGAUACGGAUUUUACUGCCAAGCUCAUAGAUGGUAUUACUCUAGCUUUGGUUCCAUUUCAAGUUAAAUUUAUUCCUCGAAAAUAAUUCUGUUUGGAACUUUUUUUUUUCAACAUACAAUCAAUGUAUACUCGAGCUUGAAGACUGAAUUUAUUUUAAGACCGCACCCAUAUAAUUUACCAGGGUAUUCACUAUUCAAUUAUCAUACUAUUAUCAUUGUAAGUAAAUUUCAUGUUUGGUUGGGAUGUAAAUUAAUUAAACAAUACACCUGUAUACUUUUAUAA